CUGUUUAUCAUCAGCAAGGGGAGGGAGAGAGUGAGAGAGGAAGACUGCGUCUCUCUCAUUUUGUUUAGUGCACCCACAGACACACACGCUCAGCAACAUACACUAUUCCAAUCCUUGGCAGCCUGAGGGACGCACACACGGACACAGAGAGCAAAAAACAGCUAACCAGAUUGUACCAACAGGAAAAGAUCUGAACUACACCAAAGAUGGGGCCUGGAUUGUUUUGGAACUUCCCUCCCAAGGCUGGCUGCACGGUUCCACAGAGCCUCCUGCAGACCAUGUUGCUGUCCAGAAUGGCAGGGAUGAAGGAGCAGCAGUUCACGGAGGAGAAACCCCUGCUGCCGGAGCAGCGAGGAGUGGACGCAGACAUGGAUAAAGGAGAGGAGGCGUCGGGGGGGUUACCAUGCCCCGCCAGCCCCGCCAGCCCCGAGCCUCCUAACAACCCCCCUCCCCCCAGCCGCCCCACCCACCGCUGGCAUGUCAUCGCACGGCACUGGCUCCGCCAGACCCGCCGUCGGACCAGCGGGGUCCUCCCGGAAAGCUGUGAACAGCUGAUGCCGGCAGGGGAGUGGAAGGAACAUGAUGUUGAGACUCCUUAUGGGAUGCUGCAUGUGGUGAUUCGCGGGGCACCCAAAGGAAACAAGCCUGCAAUCCUCACCUACCACGAUGUGGGACUGAACCACAAGCUGUGCUUCAACACUUUCUUCAAUAACGAAGAUAUGCAGGAGAUCACCAAGCACUUUGUGGUUUGCCACGUUGAUGCCCCGGGACAGCAGAUUGGAGCGCCACAGUUGCCACAGGGGUAUCAGUACCCUACUAUGGACCAGUUGGCCGGGAUGCUGCCCACUGUGGUGCAGCACUUUGGAUUCAAAAGCAUUGUUGGGAUCGGAGUUGGAGCUGGAGCUUACAUUCUGGCCAAGUUUGCUCUCAUCUUCCCUGACCUGGUAGAGGGUUUGGUUCUGCUCAACAUCGACCCCAACGGCAAAGGCUGGAUUGACUGGGCUGCCUCUAAGCUGUCAGGUCUGACCAGCGCUCUGCCAGAUACUGUGCUGCCACAUCUUUUCAGCCAGGAGGAGCUGAUGUCCAACACAGAGCUGGUGCAGAGCUACCGGCAACAGAUCAACAACACCAUCAACCAGUUCAACCUGCAGCUUUUCUGGAACAUGUACAACAGUCGGAGGGACCUGGAGAUGAAUCGCAGUGGGACAGUGCUUAAUGCCAAGACCCUGAAGUGUCCUGUUAUGCUGGUUGUGGGAGACAACGCCCCAGCUGAGGAGGGAGUGGUUGAGUGCAACUCCAAACUGGACCCAACCAACACGACGUUCCUAAAGAUGGCUGACUCUGGUGGGCUUCCCCAGCUUACACAGCCUGGGAAGCUGACUGAAGCCUUCAAGUAUUUUCUGCAGGGAAUGGGCUACAUCGCUUAUGUGAAGGAUCGGAGGUUGAGUGGAGGGCCAGUGCCCUCUGCUAGUAUGACCCGCCUGGCUCGUUCCAGGACAGCCUCCCUGACCAGCGCUAGCUCCAUGGAUGGGUCCCGCUCCCGGGCCUGCACCCACUCCGACAGCACCGAGGGAGUCGGGACCGUCACCCACACCAUGGAGGUGUCUUGCUGAGGUGCCAGUCAGUCAUAGAAAGAGGGAGGAAGGGGCUGGAGGGAUGGAGAGAGAAAGAGAAAGAUGGAAGGGAUGACAGCAAAGAAGAGAAGAAGGAGAGUGGGGGGUGUGAGGAAAAUGUGAAGUAAUAAAGGUGUGACUACCUCUCCAUAGUCAGACAUGGUAGAUGGUAGAAUGAGACAGCAACAGGAAGGACAUUUCAUGAAAUAAGGUGGAUACAGCUCUCUCUGUCUUAAUCUUUCUCCUCCAGAUCCCUUUGUCUGCCAUCUUCUUAGCUCCUCCACUGUAAAAUACCAUAUGCACCUUUAAAUAUCCACCUCAACCCCAUCCCGGUCGCCCAGCACUUAAAGAUUUAAGCAACUGUUUUUAUUCUUGCAGUGUCAUUCUUGUAUUUGCUAACUGUCUCCUCAUUCUCUCCCUAACCCCCCACCCCUCCACAAAAAAAGAAAGUAACCCCAUCUGUUAACAGUCCACACAGCAAUACAUGAUACAACAGCUGCUGUUCAUAAUGUAAGAUGGAAUUCUGUCAAAGAAGGUGAAAGAGCAGGACAUAGCAAGGAAAACAGAGGUGGUCCUAUCAUGAAAAAGUGUUAUGCAUCAUUGUUUUGCAAGCAGUUUAUUAUUUUGUUGUAUGAACAAAAUGUGAGUAUCUCUCUCUGUGUUGUUUGUAAGAGCUGGCUAUUUAGAGCUGUAAGGAGGUGUGUGUCCAGAAUUUGACAGACAACAGAACACAGCCAAGUGCAUCUGAGGUGCUUAGAGACUAUGUUAACUUUUUUUAGUCUAAGAGCAUAGCCAGACUACACAACACCAAUUUAAAGCUGCACUUAGUAAGAUUUUAUAUCAAACUUGUUAACUACACUUUGAGUACAAAAAAGUGAUAUCAUCUGCAUACAGACAUUUCAGGCCCCCAGUCGUAAGCAAACUGAGAUCUAGCCACUACACCACCGGGGAGGUUAGCUGACACAAAUACAGCUCCAUCCAUUUUUAUUACUUUGAGUAUGAUUAUCUGUACAUGAUAUGGCCAAAGUAUAACUUGCCCAUUCGUGCAUAAAUUAUUACGACCUCAGUCAGGAUUUGUUUCUUAAGUGUUUGUUUCUUUUUAGGCAUAAAAUAAAAAUUAUUAAGUUAAUCAAGUUCAACAUGCAUUUUUCAAGGACAUCUUUACAUUUCCACUCGGAUGGACAGCAUGCGUUUAAGCUUUCAACUGAAGAAAUAUUAACAAAUUUAAAGACUGAUAUACAUCAUGUGAAACUAUAAAAAAAUAUAUAUUUUUAAUGUUGUUAAACUAGUAUGUUAACAUACACAUAUAUUCUAAUAUUGUUCAGUGCCAUGCAAAAGCAUGAAACUUUGCUCCUGACUCUUCAGAUUCUCCUCUCUUAUUCUACUUCUCUCUCCUGUACCUACCUCCCACCCUCCCUCAUUCAGCUCCUUCCUCUUCAUUCCUCAGACCACCCCCAACCCACCUCCACCUGUUGAACUAUAUGAUUUUUUCAAUGAACAUUUUCUGUAAAAAUAACCAAAAUAUUGUCAAAAUAUUGUUCCUGUUACAAAACCAGUACAUUAUAUUCUAAUAGCAUAAAUCAAUUUAUUUUUCAGUCAAGAAAAUCACUGCAGAUGAAGAUUUUCAAGAUCAACAAAGUUUCAGUAAUAGUAUUAAUUAUACAGUAGUUGAUAUAUAGGCAGCGAUGCAUGAUGUCCAGGUUAGUGGACAGAUGAUUAAUUGUAAUUUCCUCACAAUAUACAAUGAAUACAUGGAAAAAUUAACAGCUGUAUUAUUCCUUAGAUGGUACUUGAUGUUACCAGAUUUUUUUUUACCUGCCAGGGUCUCCUAUCUACAUCUCUUGCAUUCAGUCAGCCAUCUUUGUUGUGAGAGAUUUAUGUUGCACUGACAACACCUGGCCAAUGGGUGGGAGUGUAUGGUAUGGUGCACUAGGGUCCACUGUAAUGUAUUAAAUGCAACUAUAGCAUCAAAAGUCAUGCAUAUACAAGAGAAUGGCUUUUAAAUAGCUGUCCACUGCAGUGACUACUAUGUAUGAAAGUGCUAGACUUUCAUUUGAAUGAUCUUGAUUUUGAGCAAGAUGACAGUCUGUGAUUUGUUAGCCACUGGAGUCCAUCUAUUGUUUAAUAUUUAAAAAAAGCAUAAAGUGACUGAUACAAAUAUACAAUCCAAUGUAGUAGCAGUAAAGUAACUAUGAAGCACUUAAUCAACAAACAACAGGAACUGGACUUGUGUUUGCAGACUUUAAUCACUAAUAAUCACUUUUUGUGAAAUUGUCAAUAUCCUAAAAAGAUGGGUAUGGAACUGCUUAAAAGUUUUAGGUACAAUGUUUGUAUGUAGCAUGUAAAUUUACAAAUAGAAUUAUGCCCAAUAGAGGAAUAUUAUUGUAGAUGUAGGAGCUGAAUUAGUGCCCCACAAAUGAUGUUACAUCCUUAAAAGUACAGUUACGUAAUUAUCGUAAAGUUAUGGAGGUUAGGUUUAGGGUUCCAAACACGUAUCUACAGGGGAAAUCCCGGGGUAAAGUCUUCGUUUUUGUGACCCAUCCACCAUCCCAACCUGCCUCCUUACAAAUCUGCUUGGGACUGCUUCCUUUUGUACUCCUUUUUUAUUGGUCACAUGAUCCCAGCCUUUCAAAAUACAUGGGAUAUGUACAAAUUUAGUUGCAUUACUUUUUGUAGGAAAAUGUAUGAACAGUUUAUGAGAACAGCAUGAGCGCUGUAUGGAGCAUCACAGACUGGUCAGGCUGGUGAACAUGACACAUCACAUUAUUAGGGACCGAGCCUAGAGGCAGAGGACUGCUCAAGGAGCAGUCCUCGCCAAAGGCGAGGACCCUCUUGUUUUUGCUGCGUGCGUUUAUUAGUGACUGGGCCCAACAGCAGUGGACUACUCACAAAGCAGUCCUCGCCGAAGGCGAGGACCCUCCCUAUAGUCUUUGCUGCGUUUAUUCCUACAGACCAGUCCUCGCCAAAGGCGAGGACACUAUUGUUUUUGCUCCGUUUAUUCUUUAUUAUUCUUCUUUCUCCCGCCGCCUCUUUGAACUGGAAUUUGACCCCCUAAACAUGCUCAAAAACUCACCAAAAUUGGCACGCAUAUCAGAACCGGUGAAAAAUUUUAGAAAAUGAUGACAUUAACCCCUAAAGUGCCAAAAUGGGCUCUCUAGCGCCACCUAGGCACACAAAAAUGGCCGCCACGGCCUGUAGGAAUGUCGUAGAAACAUGAAACCAAAAGUGGCGUGUUCGUCUCAUCAAGACCUAAAAAUCACGCGCUGACACCCCUGACCUAAAUCCAACAGGAAGUGAGAUAUUUGCCCUUUCAAAGUAAGAUUUUGCCUUAAAACUGCCUUUCCUAAAAAAUCUUCUUCUCAUACACCACUUAUCCAAUCGGCUUCAAACUUGCACAGAUGACAGAUCAACUCGUUCUAAUCAAAAGUUAUUCGUAACUUUUUCAUUACUCGCUUCGUUUGGAUUUUAUGGCCUCCAUAAGGUGAGAUGUCAGAAAAACGUCCUGACGAUCUUCGACAGCUGUCCCGUAGGAAAUGAAUGGCAGCAGGGGGGAGAAAGACACCAAUCUUAGGGCUUUUUCUAGCAUUUACAGCGUCUCCAUACUUUGUGCUACAGACUCCAUUCCAACUCUCAAAUGUUGCCACAGGUCUCAUCUAUUCACUCAUGUUUUCAUCUUCUUCAUAUCUUUUACCGUUUUUGAUCUGUGCCUCUCAAAGUACCAUGAGCAAAAGUGGAGAAAUUCUCAGUUUACAAUGGGUGUGUAUUGCAUGGAAUGCUGUGAGCUAGAGUGGAGAGGGCUCUAAAAAUUGUCUAAAACUUUUGUCUUUAACUCGCUCAUACGGCCACAAUUUUCACUGUACAGACACAAUUUAUACCACAAAACGUAGGAAAAUUUGUCCUGCUCACAGAUAUGUUGACAUGGAAUCUCUCACACGUACACAUUUUUGCUGAGUGGCUCCAAAGCGAAGGGAGCGCCGAUUUUUUUCUCAUUCACUCCCAUGUAAACUCAGAGGAGAAAUUUCUGGAAACAGCUUAGGUGCAACACAUUUUAAACUUGCUCCUCUGACCACAUUUUUGACUGUAGACAUAUAAAACAAGACACGUGCGUUCACGAGACGUGGCUGUCUCUCACAAUCACUUUAUUUUCUUGAUUGGACCAACGGUUUGGGUAUGGGAAGGACUUGUUUGAGGAGUUCAAACCCAUAUUAAACAGCCUUUGCUGAUCUGCUCUCAUGAGCUCUGUGUGUGCCACAGGUGCAGGCAAGUCAUUAAUCGCCAUGACAACGGCUGCACACACAGACACAGCCACAGGCUCUCUCUGUCUGUGUGUCUCACAAUCUUUAAAGGACAGAUUACAGCAGCAGAAACUUCAUUUGAAACAGCAAAUACACAUUAUUAACCCCUACAGUGCCAAAAUGGGCUCUCUAGCGCCACCUAGACACACUAAAAUGGCCACUACAGCCCAUAGGAAUGUCGUAUCAAGAUCAAACCAAAACUGGUGUGUUUGACUUACAAAUCACGCAUUGACACCCAUGACCUGAUUCCAACAGGAAGUGAGGUAUUUGACCUUUCAAAGUAAGAUUUCGCCUCAAACGUGGUCUCAGGAAAACACAUCUCCUCCUACACCGUUUAUUUAAUCAGUUUUAAAGAUGCACACAUGCCACCUCAACUGCUACUAAACAGAUCUUCUGUAUAACUUUAUCUCUCUCAUCAUCACAUUAUUUUCAUGAUUGGACCAACAGUUUGGGAAUGGGAAGAACUUGUUCGAAGAGUUAAAUCUCCACUAAAAGAGGUGUCUCUGUGUUCUGUCUGUCUCUCUCUGCUCUUCUGCCAGGUGCACUUACUUAAUUACCAUGGCAACCGCUGUCACACACAAACUCACAGAAACAUGAUGUCUGUGCGUGUGUCUACAUCUUACAUUCAGACAUGACAGGGGCACAAUCUCCAUUUUAACCCUUUAGGUGCCAGAGUUAAUUGAGCAAAAUAUUCCAUUUUCAUUUCAACAUUUCAAAAGGCUGUGGCUUGAAAGUGGUGACAGAUAAAGGCAUACUGUAAAUGAGAAAACUAUUCAUCAUGACCCAAAGUUUGUGAUGGGAGUAAAUUAACUCAUCUAAUUUGCAUACUGUGGCAUCACCAGCAGGCAGCCAUAUUGGAUUUCAUAAAUCUCAGUCAAAGAACAUUUUGAACAGAUUUACACAGUAGAUUUAUUUUGUUUUGUGUUGUUUUUGUCAUGUCUUCCUCAAAAUGAAAGAAGAGGAAUCUGAUGGGAAUAAAUUCGCCCAUCUAAUUUGCAUAAUGUGACAUCACUUCUGCAUACCUACAGCUACAGAAAACAUUCAAACAUCAAACCGUUCAGCUCUGUAAGGAUUUUCUGAUGUUUGUGGCAAUAUGUUUGAUGUUUCUAAAUAAUUCACAGUGACGACAUAUGCUGGGGGCCGAAACGGGCGUGAAUUGGUUUUUGAAAUUCAAAUCUUCACCUUAUUAUUGCCAUUUGGAGUCACAUUAGUGUAAUGUUGCUGAGUCCAGCUUUAAACUGCGUGUCACCUCACAUGUCUGAACCAAUCCACUACAUGAAUAUAGGCUAGAAUAAGUAUUUAUUGAUAUGUAUAUGCAUGCGAACGUUGUCUUAGGGCAUUCUAGUAUCUGAGUAGUAUCUAGUAUAAGGGCAUUCUUCGUUAACCCUUUACAUAUGGCUCGUUAAAGAGAGCCAAGGAUGCAAAUCACCAUCAUCAAUCUGCAACUCCAGUGCAUGGAUGUGGUUCUGGCCAUAGUCGGCUCUUUGUGGUCUCUAACAGGACAAUCACACUCUGACCCAAACCAAACUAGACCAGGGGGACCGAGGCAGGACCGGGUCGACCCAACAACUUCUCUUUCUGGGUCACAACCAAAGAACUGGCAGCAGCCUUCCCUUACAGCAUCCAGCCCCUCUCCAUGGAUAAGCCAAAGCUAUCCUCCCCCAACCCAACAUACACAAACACAAACCACAUACACAUUUUCAAAAACCUUUUCAAAUGAAACCUGCAUGGGUUGUGCUUUCAUGUAGCCCUUUUCCACCACAUUAGCUCUGGUUCUUCAAGUGGUUCUGUUCAGGACUCUUGGAACCUUGGUGCUAUCCAGCAAACCAGCCUGUGUUUUGUGUAUGAUCAGAACCAUUGUAAUCAAGGACAUGUAAACAGAGGAAGUUGCACAAUACCAAACUGAAGUAAACAGUGGCAAAAGCACGAAUUACAUUUAUUACCUGUGAACUUUUGUUCUAUUAUUACAGAUUUCUCACUUGACUUCUCAAUUUUUGCCUUCUCCAUCCUCUAUUUCCAACCUGUGGAAUAUGACACGCCAACUGAUGUCAUCACAGUUGGCACUUCAGGGGUCUCAUCUAUAAACACUUCAUACAAACAAAACAAGCAAAAGUUGUGAUGUAAACAGACUUUAUGGGGAAAAACUUUGACCCAUGCAUUGCUUACAAACAUUUUGGAGGCGGUAUAUUGGCGAGGUGGAAGCCUGACUGUUGAAAUUGUUGAAUAUUUUUUAGUAUAUGCUGUUUUUGGCUUUUUUCUGUAUGCACAUGUUUAGUAUGAAUCUGAUGCAUUGUUUUAUAAAUGAGACCCCAGGUCAAGACAAACCUCUUAUGUUUUGGUUUCAGGUGAGAACCAACUUUUCAGGUGCUAAACCAAUUUAUUUGAGGUCAAAAUGCUUUGAACAGUUCAAAAUUAGGUGUGGGAACUGGAACGGUACGGCGGUAUUAGAGAUAUUAGAGACCUAAGCAAAAGAAAACACAUAAAUACACAAAAUUCACACUCAAGACGGAAUCCAUUGUAGUCAGUGUGUGUUUUGAUGUGAUGUGUGACCAUAAUGUCACCAGCAUAGUAGAUGUAUAUAAAUGUAGUUUUAGACUAGUGAAGCUGUGUGUUGUUAUCUGCUGUAAUACUGGACCACCUUGUCAAUUGUGAUCAGAGAUGGGGUCCCUUGGUUUAAUGAACAGUAUUCAUGUACCAUAGUCACCCUGUUUUCUCCAGUUUUACAAAAAAAACAAACCCUUUGGUCCCCUGUCAGAAGGGGUGUAGCUUCCAGUUGCUGAGGUGUGCACUUCCCUGAGGUGGCCUGUAAGGGGCGGGGCUUUUUUGGAGCCAUUUGGGCGCCAAGCUCGGAAUGUAGGGCAAUCCCCAGCCACCUUAAAAAAACAAAAACAAAAACAAAAAAAAAACCUUUCCCCCCAAAAAAUCACAAGGUGCCCCGGCUCUCACAGGCAAACCCAGUCGCACCCUAAAGGGCUAUCAGCUGAAGUCACUUUUUAAUAUGUGGGUAGUGUAGGUUGUGUUUCUGAGAACCAGGGGGCCCUAGAGACUAGCAGAUUGAUAAGAUUUUUUUUAUCAAGCAAAGAAGACAAGGAAUUGUUAUCCAAACAUAGAGAGAGAUUCUGACCUGAAAAUGUAAAUGAAUGAAUGAAUGUUAAAGGAAAAAGAAUGUGAUAUUAUUUGAUUUUAAGCUGGAGAGAUUGUUGUUGAAUUGUGUGAAAUAUCCAAUAAAUGUAAAAGUUUGAAGAAAAAAAAUUGACAUAUGGGAAGGAGAGAUUAUGAGAACAUAUUAGACAGUCAGAUCAAACACCUCAGUUUCUCCUCACGGAACCUCAUGGAUGAAUUUCAUGAACACUCAAGUUUGCAUGUAGCGGAGUACAUCUUCAGUGUUUAUCUUUUCACCAAGCUAGUUUCUGCCAUCUACUCCAACACGAUUUCUACCCAAACUGCCUGGGGGGCUCCUGAAUGUAUUUUGUCCUUUUUGAAGUGCUGUACAGUAUUGUCAACCUACGCCUCUCAGAACCACACACUAUGCUUUGCCCUGCCCCACAUCUUUAACAUUUAACCCUGUAUAUGAAAACCCAGCUCCUUCCUGCUCUGCCUCAAGGUCUAUAAAUAAUGAUGUUAAGUAGCGAUUUGUGAAAGUCGACAGCUCCUGUAAGCUGGCUCUCGAUCAGUUCAUAUAGACCUUAAUCCUCCUUGUUCUUGUAGAUGCUUUUUAUUUCUAGAGCAGGUGACCUGAACCGAACACUCUAACACUACUGUAUUGUUAAGAAAACUUCAACAUAUUUCUGCUCCUCUUCCCUCUAAGUUUCUCUUUUUUUAGGUAACAAUAGGGUGUAUCCUCAUCUUGGUAUAAUAUUGGUUCAUGUGUACUACUAUUCUUCUUCUUCAAACUGCCAUUAUGAUUGAUUUGUAUUGAGCAAUAAGUUCUUUUUUUCAUGUUUGGUUGUUUCAUAUUGUGGGAGUCUUCCCUAUGAGCUUGUUUGUAUUCACAACAGUAGAAGGACUCUUACCUACUUUGCUGUCAUUCAGAUAUGUAAUGUAAAGUCUAAAUAUAUUAUAUACAAAUAAAUAUAAAAAGUAAUCUGUCUGUCCAUGUACUGAUCAAGUAACAAGUAAGAAAUAAAGUCUUUAUGUCAGAA